AUGUCAACAACCGUCGCCAACCUCAAGACCAGUGACACAGUCAAAAUGCUACGAGCGCAGUUCAUGGAGCAAAACAACUUCAUUGCUUCAAACCAGUUCGAGAUCUUCGUCUUUGCCUUGGACAAGAAGGACAACAUCCUCCUCGCACGGGAUCGAAAGAGCCACAACAUUGACCUUUCCGACAUUCCACGCAUUGGCGGGCUUCCGUGGAGCGAUACUGACGACCGCUCCAUCGACUUGGCAGUCCGUAAAUGCAUUGUGAACCAGGUGAAAUGCAUCAACAAGAAUGAGGACAUCAUGGGCCUCAAACUAUUGCACAUGUUCAAGGGCACCAUGCCAGCACCUGAUGGUGGUCAGGAGCAUGUGAUUGCCAGAGUCUUGGUGACAUGUCGAGUCAAGGUCGCCGAAAGUGACAAGGGAGGCACCAGUUGGUUCGUUACUGGGGGCUUGUGGCCGCUCGCGGAGGAUCCCAGGCGAUUGAUGGGAGUAGACAGGGCAGACCUUCAGUCGUGGUUGGGACAGUGGAAGGACGAGACUGCCGAUUCCGUUGGUGGCGGGAAUUUGAGGCCGAAGCGGUCGGACGAGCAGAUUGGGAUAGCGAUGUAG